AUGCUCAAGAACUUGGANCCCACCGGACGUCGUGAUGGCUUUGUAUCGAACCUUGCAGACGCAGAGCAGAUCCUCCCUGGACCAGGCAUCUCUGUCGCAGGUAUGCUAGGUUUUUUCGGCAACAAAGGGAUGGACGUUUUCGAUGCGGUGGCGCUUUUGGGUGCGCACACGGUUGGGGUCGCUUCUUGUGGUAAUUUUGGGGACCGGGUCACGAACUUUCAAGGAACCGGCCAGCCCGACCCGACUAUGGACCCCAGUUUGGUUGCCAGCCUAAGGAACACAUGUGCGGCUCCAGGCGGCUUUGCGGCACUGGACCAGUCAACGCCGUUUUCAUUCGACAACUUGUUUUUUAGUCAGCUCAGACAGAGGAAAGGAAUUUUGUUUAUUGACCAGCGAAUCGCGACCGAUCCGGCCACUUCUGAUGUUGUGUCUCAGUACGCAGCCAACAACGAACUAUUCCAACGUCAGUUUGAGAUUGCGAUGGUGAAGAUGGGAGCCGUUGACGUGCUUACGGGUUUAGCGGGUGAGAUCAGGAGGAAUUGCAGAGCAUUCAACUAAAGCUUUAUAAACCUUUUCUAUUCAUUGUUAUUAUUUUCUUUCUUGCUUCUGAUGAAUUGUGAAAUGGUGAUUGUUUGCUUAUUUAUGUAUGUAUAUCCUUAAAAUAAGGUUUGGUAAAUCGAUUUGAUAAAAGCAAGAUGUUUCGUUGGUACAGUGAUACCAGAUUUGUGAUGUAAGUUGAUCUGAGUCCAAACUAAUUCAGAGUUGUAUCUUUCUCA